AUGAUGGACGCGCUUCACCUCCUCACCGCUGCAUCACUGCUGUGCGUCGCCUCGGCUCGCCUCUUUGUUUUCGUCAAUGAGUUGAUGACCUGGCCGGACGCUCAGAGUUUCUGCAGACAGAACUUCAUGGACCUGGUGACGGUCAGCAGCAUGGAGGACGUGACGCUCCUGACCAGCAUGGUGGAUCUGGACGCCAUGGUCUACAUGAACGCAGGUUUCAAACACCGAGCCUGGAUCGGUUUGUCUGAGGACCUGAACAGCUGGAGGUGGUCCAUUACUGACCCCAACUUCUACAGGGACGGAGAAGCUGCGCUCAGGAACUGGGCCCAAAAUGAGCCAAACAACUACAUGGGGGCGGAAAGCUGCAGCGGGAUGUGGAACAGCGGCUUCUGGAACGACAAUCCCUGCCAGAUGUUGGCCAAAGUGAUCUGCCACGACGUACGAGAGCAGAAUGUUUCGCUGAUCUUCAUCAACCAGACGAUGAGCUGGGCUGAAGCCCAGAGCCACUGCAGGCAGCAUCACACUGACCUGGCCAGCGUGAGGACCAUGUCAGAGAACGAGCAGAUAAAGGGCCUAGUCCAAUCAGCAGGAGAGCUUCAGGCCUGGAUCGGUCUGUACAGACUCUCCUGGAUGUGGGUGGACGGCAGCAACUCCUCCUUCCGCCACUGGAGAGCGUCGGAACCGAACGGGUCGGAGGAGAACUGUGCAGCCGCCGUUCAUGCAGACGGCGGGCGGUGGGAGGACUGGCCCUGCUCCUGGAAAAUGCCUUUUUUUUGCAGCGCAGUUCCAGGUUCCAAGCGGCUGGUGAAGGUGAAGCUGGUGAAGUCUUCCUCUCUGGACCUGAGUGACCCGGCCGUGCUGGCAGACCUGCUGCAGCAGUUUGAACAGAAGCUGAAGGCCAGCGGAGCGGAUGGAGACGUCAGGCUGAGCUGGAGGAAAACGUCGGAUGGAGAAAUCKUCCACCMGGAGCGAUCAUCGGCUUCAGACCSGAAGACUGGACUCCUCUAAAGACUUCCAGGAGCAGCUUCACAAAUCUAAAGUUUAUAUUUGUGAUGUGAUUAUCAUARUUUCUUUGUGUGCUGAUAGACAGAAGGUCUGAGUGUCUGAAUGGAUGAAUAAAACAUGGCUGA